AUGCUAAUCACCAUUGGAGAGAACAAAGAAACCAUCGACCCGUGGGUCAAUUUAAUUCCCGACGACUAUGGCCUGUGCAUCGUAAAAUCGGGCCUUUUGGUCUUGGUGAAGCUUGCACAGCGACACACAGAUAAAAGGCGGAAGGUAAUCGACGGAUUCUCGGAAAUUCACCAGGUUAUCUGCAAUGCUACGUUGAAGCGCAGGAGCUUCCAAACAGAUGCACAGGUCUGCGAGGCUGCCGGCGAUUUAUAUGUCAGCAUUGUAGAUGCUAUUGAUGAGUUAUUAGACAUUGUCCCAUCGCCUUCCUCAGUUUCUAGAUUGCGGUCAAAGCUGUUGAAAGAAAGAAACAAAAAUCCUAUCGGAAAGAAAGCUGGUAUUGAUGAGAUAAUGGAAAAUAUUCACAAUGCAGUCAAAAAAUUCGAAGCUUCCGUCGAUACUUGUCGAGACCAGCACAUCGAAGCUACACAUGUUAAAGCUAAUGAGGUUCUGCACGUUUCGAUGAGAACGUCAGACCAAAUACGGGAUCUUGGCGAUCAAUCCUCGAAUAGGUUUGAUAAACUGGACCAAGGUUUGCUAAAUUGUAUGAAUUUGCUUCAAACACUCUUGCAGAGCAGAGAGGAUGCAACCGACGCGUUGAGAAUGUUGCUCAGCGGACUCCAGAAGAGUAAUGUAUCCCAAGCAGAACAAGUCAUUAAAAAAGAACAAGAAACACAACCCAGCGAAAAAUCCGAGCGAACCACCCCAAUCAAUACCCAGCAACAAAAGGCGGUCAUUUCAUUUAAAAGACUACUUCAAAUUCUAUCAGCAUCCGCUCCUGAUAAGAUACCUGUUGGAAACAAUGACAUUGAACUUCAAAACAUUUUGGCACAGCGCGUCGAAGAUCUUGAGACCGUCGUUAACUGGAGCUCGAGGGUAGAUCCUAGUGCUCAGGCACAAGCUUACUCCAUCCUUGAGCAAGACCGCUUCCUCCAGUGGAUGCGUAGCGAGCAUCCUGAUAUGCUUCUCAUUGACGGAAACCUCUCUUUUCGCGGCGCUAGUUCCAUCGAAAAGAUCUCUGCUGUGUCUCUUUUCUGCGCAUACUUCAUUUUAAGCAUGACUAGCCUGGAUUCAUCGCAUAUCUUGCUGCAUUUUCACUGUGGCUUGCAGUGUAGCCCUAGAGAUAGCUGGUACGGCCCGACUGGUCUUGUUCGGUCAGUGAUUAUGCAGGUUCUUGUCGUUUUAUAUGACAGAGGUCUGCUGGAUUUGAACAUUCUUGAUCGGCGGAGCUUUGUUCAGGCACUAGAGAACCACAGCCUAGAUGAACUGUGCAUCUUUCUGCAUCAACUCAUCCGCCAAUUCCCUCCCGACACGACUAUUGUUCUUGUUAUUGAUGGAAUAUCUCAUUUUGAUCUAGAUUUAAAUGGGCUAUUCAAGAAAUUGGCGGUAGUGCUGGAAUGUCUGCAGCGGAUAGUUGAGGAUGACAAUCUGAGGCCAAAGUUCAAAGUGCUUAUGACUUCUCCGACCAAUAGCUCGUGGAGGCUAGGCAGAGUGGUUGACAAGAAGUAUCGCCUUGGGCUGUCAUCAAGGAGGCUGGCUCCGCUUCAGCUUUCGCAAGCAAGAAUGAACGUGGCACUUGGACGUGGUCGACCGGAAUGAGAGACUAUAGCAAUAAUAUUUUAGAGGACAAUACGCGAUCAACGGAGCAAAUGAGUGUUGGAUUACAAAUAUAAAUGAAGUUCACAAA